AUGCCUCGUACCAUCAAGUGCAUCCUCUGCGCCGUGGCGCUUGUCGCUGCUUUUGCCGCAGCACUGGCGAUCACGAUGACAGUCAGGGAGAAGGUGCCAAACGGCCUCUACUGCGGCAACUACGCGAGUGGCCUUGUGGUAGGCAAUUUGACUGUACAGUACGAAAAACGCUUGUUCGAUUUGGCCUUUAAGGGACUGGGCAUGAACCUUAAGUGCGAGAAUGAGGCGUUUUCGUACGAUCCCAAGUCGCACACGUUGAUGGUGACUUCUGCCAAAGACCCUUCUGAUUGCCUUGGCGCAGUCAUCACGGCAAGCGGUUUGAAUUUGAGUGUAACCUAUAAGCCUAUUGCUGACGUCAUCAUCCUCGAUGUUGGCGUUGCGAAGAUCGACUGCAAGAAGUGCUCCGCCUUGACUUACGUCCAGCCUGCUUUGUGA